GUAUGUGCAUUUAUAAGAAAAAGGGAACAAAAACAGAGAGAAAGGAAUUGUUCUCUUGCUUUACCAGUUUACCUUGGAUCCUCUCUCCCUAAACCCUAACCUUAACAAAAUUCCUCGUCAGAAAUGGCAUCAAUGCAUUUCACUCUCUUCACAAUCUUCCUUCUUUCAUCAUCAUCAGCUUCACCUUUCUCCAUUUCUGUAAACAACAAAUUUGCUUCUUUUUCAUCAUCUUCAAUUUAUGAUGUUCUCAACUCCCAUGGACUCCCUGUUGGUCUUCUACCUAAAGGAAUUAACAAUUUUUCAAUAGAUCCAUCAUCAGGUCGAUUUGAGGUACAUCUGCCGCAGUCCUGUGCUGCCAAAUUCGAAACCCAUUUACGUUAUGAUAGUACCGUGUCGGGUAUCCUAAAUUAUGGUCAGAUUUCAGAAAUUUCUGGUGUAGCGGCUGAGGAACUCUUUCUUUGGUUCUCUGUUAAAGGGAUCCGUGUUGAUAUUCCUAGUUCUGGGUUGAUUUAUUUUGAUGUGGGAGUUGUUUCUAAGCAGUUUUCGCUUUCUUUUUUCGAGAUUCCACGUGAUUGCACCAUUACAAAUGAUGGGUUGCCGGAAGAUCUCAUUUUGUUCGAUAAUCGUGGGAGAAUUGUGGAGAACCUAUCGAGGAAGUUGAUUAAAGAACGUCCGGGAAAUAGCAAGGCCAGGGCUGUAUCCUAAAUUGGAGAGAAAGAAAGCUUAGUGAAGGAUUUGGACAUGUCGAUGAAUUACUGGUUCUUCCUCAAGGAGCAUAUCCAAGAGUCCAUUUUUUCUCCUUUGUGUGUUUGCUAUAUCUGACAUUCACAUCAUAGAGUUUCCCCGUAAAUGCUUCAGUAUACUCAGUGUCAUGGCAUGUUGUUGAUAUUGAAGACUUCAAGGUAAUGGUAACCUGAAUCCUCCAGGUGAUGUAUGAAUAGUAUAUUACUUAGUUUGUAGAUGUAUGUAUAGUUAUUACAAGUGUAUGAUUUUGUUCUAACCAUAUAUACGAUCUGGGAUAAUUUUAAGUUUUGUAAAUUGAAAAAGUGAUGUAUGUCUGAAAAUGAAGUUGAGAUUAUUGUUGUGCUAA